UUAAAGGCAGCGAGGCUAAAAAUGACUUAGUACACGAGCAGGAUAAACCCUUCAAGCCUUCUCCCUCCAAGUGGGUGUACGAAGAUGAUGGGAACAGCUGCAGUUGCUACUGCACUCUUUUCGCCGUUGAUAUCUGAUAAGAUUUUUAUCCUCAAGCAGAGUAAGAAUAUCGUAAUUCCUCGUAUGUAUCGUAGGAGAUCAUGCAUUCCUCUUCAGAUGAUUGAUAGAGCCCCAACAUUUCAAGAAAGGAUGAGUGCUAAACAAAUAAUCUCUGUCCAAGCUGUCUCAUCAGUGAACUUAAAUAUUGAAGUUCCUUCUUCUGAAUAUGAGGAGUUCUCAGUUAGAAGUGAAAAGGAGGGUAACAAACUAAAGCUCAGUGUAGAGGUAUGUGGUGCUAAAACGCAAGAAAUAUUUAAUGAGGUGUUCACUAAAAUGGUUGCUGCAGCUCAGCCAAUUCCAGGAUUUAGAAGAGUUAAGGGAGGCAAAACACCCGAUAUACCAAGGGACAUCCUCUUAGAAGUUCUUGGACCUUCCAAGGUGUACAAAGAAGUAAUUAAGAAAGUUAUCAACUCGGCAAUAUCUGAAUAUGUUAAAAAGGAGAGAUUGAUAGUUGGUAAGAAUGUGCGUGUUGAACAAAGUUUUGAUGAUCUUGAAGCCAUAUUUGAACCUGGUGACAGCUUCCAAUUUGACGCGGUGGUUCAGUGUCAACAAUCAAAUGAAAGUUGAUUCCUUUUUUUAUUUCUUCUUUCUUCUUUCCAAUUAAAUAUAAACAGAAAUAGAAUAAUUAUCUGAUAUUUUUUGUAAACUUGUAGUUCGUAGCUACACAUUACGUCUAACAUGAGAAAAAUAUGAGAAAAUGUGAUAUACUGAA